UAGGUACCAUAAAACAAUAAUAAUAAUAAUAACAUACAGAUUACAGAUAAUUGUAUAAGAUUUAUAAUACCUAUCAUAUGAUAUAUUACCAAAAAACAAUAUACCUAUACAUUUUCAAAUUGAGUUUAUUUUAUAUGAACUAUUGAACGAAUAACCGACUCAGCAAACGAAUUACCCGUAAAACAAUUUUUUUUUUCUGAGGUACCUUAGGUACCAAAACAAAAACCAAUGGGAGCACCAACCGAACAUAAUAUAUGAAUAUGGCUUCGACAGUAAUAUAGAAGAUAGAUAUCUCAAUUCAUACCAUUCAUGGUUACAAGUUAGUAGUUACAACUACUGCUGGUACAACAGAACGCCCGACUCGGUUCUUAUCAAAAAUACGCCGAGUCGGUUUUAUUGUUUAUAUACGAUAUGAUUAUGAUACCUAUACAUGAAAUUAUGCGAAUUUUACACAAAAUUCAAAACUGUCUUCAUUGGCAACAUUUUUUUAAUUUUAUGAAAUUAUUAUUUUUUAUCCACAAGUAACCAUUUUCCGAUUUUUUAUACUCAAUAUAUACUGUGUACGUGUGUUGUACUAUUCAUCAUUAAGGAAUAUACAAUAUUCGUAUAUACAUAGUUUGUUUUGUCUAUCAAUGCUGCAUAAUAUGUUUUUGUGUUCUAUAUUUGAAAUAGUCUUAUAAUGAAAUCUCGUUAUUAAAUUAGUCAACUGCGAGUAUGGAAACCAAUCAUCCAGUGUCGACGACGCGGGUUGAUGCCAUGGAUAAUAUCAAACACGAUCGUUCUGUAAACCACGGCUCUCUGAUUAAUAAUAUCAGUCAUAUGCCAACAUUUGGUCUACCAGCUAAUGCCUAUGAAUUAAAUUCCAGUGCAAGAUUAACUAUAAGAUUUGAUAGAGAAAUGUUCAACAGUAGUCUAUUUGAGAGUGAAAUAGAAAUCAGUCCGGCAUUUCGAUUUAAUAGAAAUGAUUUAUUCAGACCUCCGCAUCAUAGAAGUAGCACAUUAUUGAAUGGCCAAUUCUCUACACCCAAGGAACUAGUUCAAAAUUUAAAUACCAAAAAGCAUUUACAUGAGUUUGGGUUGAAAAAAGCCGAGGUCAAAGCCAAACUGUUUAAAUGUGAUGUGUGCAAAAAGUCAUUCUCUAGUUCUGGUGGAUUGACUGUCCAUUACAGAACACAUACAGGUAACAAACCUUUCAAAUGUGAUUUAUGUAAUAAAACUUUUUCAAAUUCAAGUCAUUACAAUUACCACAUGCGUGUACAUUCAGGAGAUAAACCAUUUAAAUGCCAUGUGUGCAACAAAGAAUAUUCUUGUGCUAAUGGUAUCUUAUACCAUCAGAGAACCCAUCACUUUUUACAAGAUACAAAACCGCUAAAAUGUGAUGUAUGUGACAAACUGUUCUCCAGUAUUGGUGGUCUGACUGUUCACUAUCGCUCUCACACUGGUGACCGCCCAUUUAAGUGUGACGUGUGUUUUAAAACAUUUACUAGUUCCAGUCACUGCAAGUAUCAUCAGAAGACUCAUUCACAGUUGAUUACAAAAAAAACCUUGAAAUGUGAUGUUUGUAACAAAUUGUUCUCCAGUUCCGGUGGCCUUGUAGUUCAUUACAGAAUGCAUACUGGUGAUCGUCCAUUCAAAUGUGAAGUUUGCUUCAAAUCAUUUACCAGUUCCAGUCAUUUCAAGUAUCACCAAAAAUCACAUGUGAUUUCAAAUGAUAAAAAAACAUUGAAGUGUGAUGUAUGUGAUAAAUUAUUUUCUAGUGCUGGUGGUCUAGUUGUUCAUUACCGUACACAUACUGGUCACAGACCAUUCAAAUGUGACAUUUGCUUAAAAUCUUUUACAAGCUCAAGUCAUUUCAAAUAUCACCAAAAAACCCACAUGGUUAAUGUUUAAUGUAGCUUAAAUACAUUUUAGUUAAGAGAAAAUAAUUACUUAUUAGGUUAUUAUAUUUAUAUUUUGAAAUGCUUACUUUUUAGUUCAGUAAAUAUAUUAUUAGUUUUAUAUAAAACUUCUUUCCUAUACUCAGUGUAUACUAUAAUAUUUGUUUUGUUUAUAAUUAGUACAGAAUCAAUAUUUUAAGGCUUUUCUUUUAUUACUCAUUUUUGUUUGAGUUUAUUUUAACUAUAUUAAUAUUUAAAUAUAAAAAUUAAAUAUUUCAUAAAUAUAAUUUAUUUGUCGUGUAAAAAUUGUAUCAAGUAUCAAUUUAUUUGUAGUUUAUGAGUAAUUUUACUUUUUUUCAGUAAACAUAAUAUUUAUUUUAUAUCUAAUCAUUGUAUUAUGUAAAAUAAGAAUUAUUUGACAUUGUACAUCUGUCAAUGUUUCAUUGUUUGUAAUGUUGAACGUUCUGUCUCUAAAAAUCUGUAUACCAAAUUCACAUUGAUCAAAUCUUUUUAAAGCAAAAUAUUAUAAAUUGUUCAAUUAUCAUUCAAUAUUAAUGAUAAUGUUCAAUUGUUUAUACUGAAUGUACAUCUACAUUAUUAAAUUUGAAUUGAUUGCUCAUUGAAAUUUUAUUAAUUUUAUUGUUUUGAAAGGAAUGACUUAAAAAUGAUAUUUUAAUUUCUCCAUUCUUACCAUUUUUUUAGUAUUUUGCUUUUUUCUUUAAAUUAAACAAAUUAAAAUUCUAAUUCAUUGUUUUA